AAGAGGAAGAUUUUGAAUUAAUUUUUGUCAUAAAAUUGCUAAUAAAAACAUUUAAAGAUUUUAAUAAAAUCACAUGAGAGAGGACAGGGUGUAUAAGGAAUGAGCAGUAAGUCACUGAUAAUGAAAACUUAAUUAAUUUCUUUUUUGGUGAAUCUGCGAAAAUCUCGUAAUCAGUUCCAGUGCUGUGUUUUGUGGUAAAUCCAGGAGAAGCUGAACAUCACAUUAAUACAGAAACAGACAAAUAUAAUACAAAAAACAUAUCAUAUAUCGAGUCAAUCAUUUAAAAGGCACACAUUUGAUGAAAUGGUUUGAUGGGAGGACCCAAGGACAGCCCCAUCACACAACCGACACCACCACCAGCACUGCUCAACAAAAAAUCUUCAAUGAGUUUCAAACGACAGUGCAAAUGAAAAGCUUGAAUACCUGGUUGCAAAUUGAGAGCUUAUAUUUGUUACUACCAUAUACUUCAAUAGCAAUACAUCUGAAAACUUGAGAGAACGGCUUUUUGUGAGGAAGUUAUAGUCAGAGAGAGUCAGUCGACACCACCGCUCACUCACAAAGUUAUCAUAAGUUUUGUGGUGAACUAAACACAACUUCUCACAACUUGUUCUCUACUUGUUCUCCAAAAAUCUUUACUUUCACAUCAACUAUCAGCGAAGCAGAUGUGUUGUUACUGAACUUCAGGACACCUUUAGUUCAAAGAGAAAGUGAUAAAUAAGUGACUAAAGAGAGAGUGAGUGAGUGAGUGAUUAGGAGACAGACCUGAUUGGUAGUGAGUUGACUGAGUGUGCAAUUAAUUGCUUUAAAGUCAAGUCUGUGCUCAAGAAAUAUAUACGCAUUAAACAGCGUAUUAAAAGUCAAAGAGAUGGCGAUUGCAGAUACAGAGGAGGAGACAAUUAUCUAUCCCAAUGAAGAAUACAAAAGAGACGCCCAUUUGUCCAGUCUUGAAGAAUACCGACGAAUGUAUAAGAAGUCCAUCGAAGAUCCCGAGGGUUUCUGGAGUGACAUCGCAAAGGAUUUUUACUGGAAAUGUGGUCCGAAAAAUGAAUUUUUGAAAUAUAAUUUUGACAUUUCUAGUGGACCUGUUUAUGCAAAAUGGAUGGAAGGAGCCGUAACCAACAUGUGCUACAAUAUACUCGACCGUAUUAUUGACAAUGGACUCGGAGACAGAAUCGCUUACCACUGGGAAGGCAAUGAACCAGACAAUAGACGUCAAAUCACAUACAGUAACCUCCGUCGGGAAGUCUGUAAGUUUGCAAAUGUCCUCAAAAGCAAAGGCGUCAAAAAGGGAGAUCGGGUGGCCAUCUAUAUGCCCGUCACCAUUGAAUUGGUCACAGCUAUGUUGGCCUGUGCCAGAAUCGGUGCAAUACAUUCAGUUGUGUUCGCUGGUUUUUCCGCAGAGGCCUUAGCAGACCGUAUAUUAGACUGCAAUUGUGUGCUAUUAGUAACAUCGGACGGCGCAUACCGGGGCACUAAAUUUAUACCAUUAAAAGACAUAUCGGACGAAGCACUGGACACCUGUAGAUUAAAGGGUCAUCGAGUAAUAGCAUGUAUUGUGAACCGACAUCUAAACCUGGGAGUAGAUGAGGCCGACCUCAACAACAAUCCAAAGCAACCUUUGAUCAAAUGGAACCCUAAAGUUGACAUUUGGUGGGAUCAGGUGAUGAAGACUGCAAGUGAUUACUGUGAGCCCACUUGGCUCGAUGCUGAAGACCCACUUUUCAUACUCUAUACCAGUGGAAGUACAGGAAAGCCCAAAGGAGUUGUUCAUACAAUCGGUGGUUAUAUGUUAUACGCGGCCACAACAUUCAAAUAUGUCUUUAAUUAUACCGAUGAAGACGUGUUUUUCUGUACAGCAGAUUUGGGAUGGAUUACCGGACAUACGGUCAAUGUUUAUGGAUCUCUGGCCAACGGCACAACUAUAGUAUUAUUUGAAGGAACGCCUUUCUAUCCACACCCGGGAAGACUAUGGGAAAUAGUAGACGAAUUGAAUGUAAACAUAUUUUAUACGGCACCCACGGCUAUCAGGUCACUGAUGAAGUAUGGAGAUGAUUGGGUAAAGAAAUAUAAGCGAACAUCACUUAAAUUACUGGGAACUGCUGGCGAACCGAUUAAUCCAGAAGCAUGGUUUUGGUACAUGAAUAUUGUUGGCAACGGUCGGUGUCCAAUAGUGGACACUUUCUGGCAAACAGAGACUGCAGCCCCUAUGAUAACACCACUGCCUGGCUGUACACCUAUGAAACCGGGUUCGGCAACAUUCCCCUUCUUUGGUGUUGUUCCUGCAGUUGUCAACAAUGAGGGAAAGGAAUUGGAAGGACCAGCUGUCGGACAUUUAGUAUUUAAGAGGCCGUGGCCUUCAAUUGCUCGUACAGUUGAUGGUAAUCACGAACGCUUUGAAAUGACCUAUUUUCACAAGUUUAGGGGCUAUUUCUGCACUGGAGAUGGGGUCAGACGGGAUAAAGACGGGUAUUAUUGGAUUACCGGCCGAACCGACGAUAUGCUUAACGUUUCAGGACAUCUAUUAUCCACUGCUGAAGUUGAGUCAGCAAUAGUGGGUCAUAAGGCCAUUGCUGAGACUGCGGUAGUGUCAACACCUCAUCCCGUUAAGGGUGAAUGUCUCUACUGUUAUAUUGUACUUAAAAAUGGUUUUGUAUUUACUAAAGAACUGGAGCGAGACCUCAAAAUGAGAGCACGCGAUAAGAUCGGAGCAUUGGCUGCGCCUGAGAUCGUCCAUCCUGUGAGUGGACUGCCGAAGACCAGGUCUGGAAAGAUUAUGCGCCGCAUUCUGGCCAAAGUGGCCAGAGAUGACUGCGAGUUGGGAGACAUAUCUUCGAUGGCUGACGAGUCCAUACUCGAUGAACUCUUUGCCACUCGACAUAUAUAUGCUUAUAACUGAAAAAACUACACAAACUUCUGUUUUUUAAUAACUAUUAUUAUUAUUAUUUUAUUAUAUAGGUAUUGUCAAACACUAUGUCCACAACAUUUGUCACUUAAAACAAAUCAUCUAAAUAUGAUGUAUUAGUUUUAAGUGGUAUAAACACUAUACAAACAAACACCUUUUUAAAAAUUAUUAUUAUUUUUAUUAUUAUUAUUAUUAUUAUUAAAG